CAUUACAUUUUUCAUGUCAAAUGUUUGCGGGUGUGGUUAAUGGUGUAAAAACGUAUAUUUUUUUUUAAUUCCUUAUCAACAAUGGAAUUUCUUUUAAGAAAAUAUAGAUAUUUUGAAGAAAGGAUAUUACAUAGUUUGAAAGAUAAUGGCAUAAAACAUCGGAUAAAAGCUAAUACUGGAUUAUGGCUUGGAACAUUAAUAGGUCUAAGCGCAAUUUUAACUCUAUUAGAAGAAGAUACUAGUUAUUCUGAAAUCUGUCUAAUUGUGGGUCUCACAGGAAUUGGUCUUAUUAUUAGUUCUAUAUGUUUAUAUUUGAGAUUAUCAAGUGAAAAAAUAACAGUUAAAGAUUUUCAAGCUAUAUAUUUUUUACCAGCUAUAAUAACAUCCUUAUUAUAUCUUUUUGUUGCAAAUAAAGGACUAUUGAUGAGUGUCAUAUGGGGCUUAAGUGUUAGUAGUUUAGGAACUUGGGGCAUUCUUCAAUUGAUGUCUAUAUUUCCUUAUUGUUUUACAAUCGGAGAAGCAACAGCAGCUAUGCAUGGGUGUAUUUUAUUUCUUAUAUCUGUGGUAACAAAUUUGCCCUUAAGAUAUCAUUUGCCACCAAUCCAUGAUAAUGAUAUUGCAACAGUUUUUUUACAGGUUAUAAUGCUAUAUGUAAUAUCAGUAUGUUUAAUAUCUAAUUAUUUUCCAAUGUUUAAUUCAACUAAAAAUUUUUAUAUAUUGGCUAUUAGUCUUUUAACAAUUGUUAUACCAUUAAUGUAUAUCUUAUUGGAUCAAAAUCCUUUGAUUUGGAUAUUUUAUUUCUGUAGUAAAACGAAUAAGAUCAUCUUAAUUGGAUAUUGGAUUAUAUGUUUAUUAUUAGGUAUAACAGUUGUUACAUAUCAAAUAUUAAUAAAUCUUCAAGCAACAACUUCAACUAGAAAAAUGUUUCAUUUAUUAGCUGUACUUGUGUAUAUACCUGGUUUAAUAUAUGAACGUACAUUACUAUAUCUAGCUAGUGGUAUAAUAAUGGGAUUAUUUGUAUUUCUCGAGUUGAUAAGAUAUUUACAAAUACCACCUCUUGGGAAAAUAUUACAACAAGGAUUUUCUGUGUUUGCUGAUGAAAAAGAUAAUUUGAUUUCUUUAACGCCUUUAUAUUUAUUUUGUGGCUUAUCUUUUCCACUUUGGAUGCCUACCAAUAAUCUUUCAUUAUUAAUUUUGCUCAGUGGUAUUUUAACAGUUGGUGUGGGUGAUACUGCUGCUAGUUUUAUUGGUAGUAAAUGGGGCUUUCACAAAUGGACCAAUUCAAAUAAAUCUUUUGAAGGAACAAUUGCUUGUUUUCUUACUCAAAUUGGAUUAAUAUGUUUUCUAACAUUUAUGGGUUACAUAGAUAGUGGUUGGUUAUUUUUGCGAAGUUUAUUAUUAAGUAUUGUGCUGUCAUUUGUCGAAGCACAAACAAAUCAAGUUGAUAAUUUAGCAUUACCUUUGUUAAUGUAUGUAUGUUUAAUAGUUUAGAUGUUUUUUUAAUAUAAAAUAGUAUAUAGUAAAUAUUUUGAAAAUAACAUAAAUAUUGAUUGUUUAACAUAGAAUGGACCAAAGGUAUAUAUAAUGUUUUCUUAUUUCAUUAUUUUAUAUUUAUAUUUAAAAUAUUUAAAAUAUAGGAAAAUAUUUUUUUGUAUAUAACAUAUUUUUUUAAAUAAUGCACUGAUUUAUUUUGCUAUAAAUAAUAUUUAAUAUUACUUAUUAAUCAAAAACUUUUUAAACUAUAUGCUAUUUCAUUAUUAAUAAUGAAUUAAAAUUCUAUAAUAUAAAAAUUAUAUGCCUUAUUUGAAAUUUUUUUUUGUAAUUUAUAUUUUAAAUAAUACAAAGAUUUUACCAAUAUAUAUUAUUUUCUUGUAAGUUUUAUAAAAUAAUAUUUAUGUGAAAUGUUUAUAUUAUUUUUGUACAUAAACAGGAAUGUUUAUUAAUAUGUUUGAACACAUAAAUUCUUAUAUGAAUAAUUAAUUACUUAAAAUAUUUGAUAUUUAUGCAUUUAAUCAUCUAAUUUUUUAUUUUUAAUAUGUGCAAAAAGUAUGAAUGUAUUGCAAUGAUUUAUAUAACUUAUUAUUCUAUAAUUUAUUCAUUCCUGUUAAUGCAUUUUUAUAUUUCACUCAAAAAAAUUUGUAAACAAAAUUUAUAAAUAAAAUAUUUUUAUAACUG